AUGAGGCCAGACACACAAACUAGCUCUGUCGAGCCAAACGGCACUGAGGAUAUAUGGAACGACCCAAAGAUUGUUGAGGAUUAUCGUUCCGCGGAGAAGGUGACGGUAGUUUUUGCUAGGUCUCUUAUAGAGCAAUCAGGCAUUUUAUCCAUCCAGAGAGAAGGGAAACCGUUGUCCAUUCUUGAUCAUGCUUGCGGGACAGGGGCUGUUUCGGCCGUUCUGCAUGAAAUGCUUCCUGAUUGGAAGAUUGAUGAUGGAUGGAAGUUGACCUGUGCAGACUUGUCUGGCGCAAUGAUUGAUGCUGUCAAGGCGAAAAUAGACGCUGAGGAAUGGGGAAACACCGAUACUGCAAUCGCAGAUUUACACAGGACGGGAUUGUAUACUGGUCAUUACACUCAUGUCUUUGUCUCCUUUGAAUGUCUUCGUAUUCUAAAGCCAGGCGGAACGCUUGCAUUCACUACAUGGGAAAAAUGUGGGUGGAGCGACGACGUCAACGCUGCCAUUGCUACCAUGCCCGGAAAUCUCCCCAAACCGACCCCAAAGGAGUUUCUCAUGUCACUAGGAAACGGCGAUGAAUGGCACAAUCCCGAUUGGGUUGAAGCUCAGCUUUCUAAACGAGGCCUUAAAGAUAUACAAGUUAAACUUGCUCCGAAGACAAUUGCGACGAGCACGCUGACUGAAAUAUUGCCCUCCCUCGCCCCUAUCAUUACCCAUAUACCCGCUAAAUUUUGGAAUAGCGAACAAAGGGAGCAACAUGGGGAUAACUUGGCAUCUGCAGUCUCAAGCUAUCUAGAAAAAAAUUAUAGCGUCGACCAGCUUAUCCCGAUGAAUUGGGUUGCGGUGGUAGCAACAGCGCAGAAACCUGCCAAUUAA